AUGAACAGCGUGACCAUUGACAACAUCACUGCCUGGAUAGAGGUCGAAGACCAGCCGGCUACCGUGUACCAGCUGGAAAUACAUGCGAGGAAGAAGACCGCCGAGGCGUGGAUCGCGUCGGAGACGGGCAAGCGUUUUAAGGUAUGCUGGAAGGACACCCUGAACACCUACCACACCGUCGGGGACGUCAGAGUGGACGGCCGAUACUGCGGGGGGACACUGCACAGGACAUCGGGCGGCGCGGGGACCACGAUAUUCAAGGACGGCAUCCGUGAUUCUCUAGCGUCCCGGAGGCCGUUCGUGUUCGCGCAGUUAGAGGUCACCGACGACGAUCGACAUUUGGACGAUCCGCUGAAGGGGCUUGGAGAUAUCAUGCUCAAGGUGAAGGAGGUCACGGAUAUCCAGCCGCUGGCCUUCCAUGCCACGCCUACGAUCGAGACGCCCAAAGUGCACGAGCGCGCGAAGAAGGCGGUGGCGCAGCAUGUUGGACUUGGCGCGGCGCGGCCAACGAAGGCGUACGGCCGGUCGAAGUCGAAGAGAAUACGCACGAUCGCAAGGUUCACGUUCCACUAUCGUCCUCUGGGUACGUCCAUUGACCUGCUCUUCCACCCUACCAUGCCCGCCCUUCCACCCUACCAUGCCCGCCAACCUGCACCUUACCCCAACCACGGGUCGCACUUCCAGCUGCUCGCCGAUGACAUCGCGCCACCUCCCGAGCGCGCGGUUCGUCGCGCAGUGGCUCCGCCUACUGCUUCGAUCGAUGAUGACGAGGAGGAAGAGGAGCGGAUACGAAAGCUUGAGGCAGAGCUCGCCGCCCUUCGCGCACGUAAGAAGGUCAAGAAGGAGGUCAAGGCGGAGGUCAAGCUCGAGGAGCGAAUAGACUUAAGCGGCGACGUGAUAGAUCUGACCAUGAUGAGCUCCCGCUCGCUGGGCGACACUGGAGGCGACGGUGGACGCGGUGUGUUGCUGGCUCUACACGUGAUCGCUACAGGUGACGCCAUGGGGCUCUGCAACAUCCAGCAACCACUGUCUCCACCAGCCUUGCGCGCGACGUGGUGUCUCUUUACCCGCCAAUCGGAGGGAUGUGUGACAGUUGAGAUGGAGAAGGACGGCGUUCAGGCUGUCUACAGACCUGACAGACCAGGCAGACAUCAACAUUACUCGGUAGCCUAUGAUGAGUCCGCUGCGCCUUGGGGUGCACGAUGCCCGAAUGACAACGCUCUCCGACACCAUGUCGCCACCGUCGAGGUGCUUGACUUCGAACGACGUCCAGUUCUUCCAGCUAUUCCUGAUGGAUACGUGCGCGAGGUCUUUGGUUUACGGUACGUCCGGUUGUCCUUCAAGUCAACUCGCUUAUGCGUCGGCUUAGGCGUGCAGGCUGCCAUGACUAUUGCCGCCGUAGCAACACUCGCUCGCAAGUCCGGCCGGGCAUGGAUCCUCGUCACCUUUGUUGUCACGAUAUUCUUGGCGUCUACCGCCAUUGAGCUCAUAGCCGUCCGCGUCCUCAGUCAAGAGGUCGCUUUAUUCAGACACCACGCGCGUGGCGCUGAGCCGCAGAUUUACUACCCGCUCAUGGUGAAUGGAAUCUGCUUAUGCAUCUGUGUACGUCGUGGCGAUUUGCGCAAUCGCUGGGAAGCUGAUGUCUGGUCGUCUCGCGCGCGGAGUGUUAUUGCUGGGCAUGAUUGGCAGCUCGGCGCCGUCAUCCGCGAAGUCGAAGUCAGCCCGCAAGCGAGGGCUUUUGGAAGGGUCGUGUUUACGCCUAAGAGCCUCGCGUUUACCUUGCCUCUAGUCAUCACGAAUGUGCUGGCCACAGCGCUUGUGGGCAUUCAAGUCUGGGCAUACCGACGCGAUGUCGUCGCUUCGCUGGGCCCAUUUUCGAGUGGAAGCAGAGUCGGAGGGAUCCUCUUGCUCCUCCUUGAGUCCGGUGUAAUGUUCUGCGUCAUGUGUAUCACCAUCGUCGUUCUCGUCGCUUACGCGCCGCCCAUGGCGAACGUCAACGCUAUCGUCGUCGUGACCGACGUGCUUCAGUUCUCCGUGGGCGCGUACGCGACGUUCGUCAUCCUGGUGGUGACAGUAUACCAGCACCGCACGGCCAUAUCGAUGAUCCAAGGACAGAGCAGCUUCAUGGCGUCGAUCCGCUUCGUCUCGCCCGCUAGUGGUACUGACGCCUCGUCGGCCGGACUUCCAGACGGCGACAUGUCAAGGAUAGAGCACACGCGUGAAGGAGACGCGAUUGAGAUGACGAGUAGGCGAAGUCGGUAG